CACGAGCAUCGAUGUUUUAGCGAAUAGUUGGUUGGAUGCAAAUCCAAGAGACUGCCGCGAACAUGUGGACACUGGCCGUGCUGGAGAGCGAACGCUCUUGUCUCAGUCUUUCCCGCAGUUCCCGAAGAGGAGACCCUGUCGUGGAGAGAUCAACUCAUCUAAGUACUUAGCAGCCGAAGAGGCAAUUCUGAAUGCUGAGUGGGCCUUGCAGUCUUCAUCGAUGUUGGAUGACGCCUGGAUUCAGGAUAUCCGCGCCACUUUGUCCAAUGAACCCGAUCCUCACUGGAGUGUCUGGCCAGCAUGGAAGGAGCUGGUGGCCGCUGCUCAUCCGCUACACGACACUUUGAGGAAGAUUGAGAUCUCGGAAUUUUCACACAAGGCUCCAAGAAAACCGCUGUUGCAUGGCACGAAGUUCUAUUGCUGGGGGCUGGCUUUGGCAGCUCCCUCGCCUCGGCCUUGCAGU